GUUUAUGAUUUUCUUUGGGCCAGGGUCAAAGACACCAUCGUGACAUACAACAGCAACAUCUAAAAGUCUCUCUUCCAAACUUGAAAUGGAAACCCACCUUACGCUGUCAGAAGGCACAGAAGAGGAUGAAGAAAACGCAAUGAAAAAUCCAUUUAAAGUCCCACCAGAUACUGAAUUUUUCUCAAUGAGGGACAAGGACAUUAAGAAGGCAGAAGUGGAACGUGAAAAGAGGAAGACUAUGAAAGUCCAUGAGAAAACUACUUAUUCCACAAAAAUGAAGGCAAAAAGCAGUUUGAGGAAAACUUUGAAAAGGGAGGAAGAAGAAGAAGGCAGAAAAGAGGCGACAUGUGAAGAGAGACUGGAAGUUCUUCAGGAGCUGCUCUCACGGAAGUUAGGCAUGAAAAAAGAUUAUGCAUUAGACAGGGAGACCUUCCAUGGCUACCUACAGGACAGAAAACAGAUCUUUUUUCUUGAGCAUGCCAUUGCAGUAAAGCGAGGGGAGAUUGAAAAGAUGGAGAACAUAGCAAAGAACGAGGAAAAAAAACUGGAAAAGGCUGAGAGAAGAAUGGAGAAGGAUGCUGCCAUGUUUGAUGAGUUCCUGAAGGAGAACCAUAAUAGCUCUGUGGAAGCACUGAGAAUAGCCAAAAGAGAAACCUCAGCAAAGACAAAGAAAAUAACAGAGAUCCAGGGAAUCACUACCGAAAUAAAGAAAAUACAAAGUGAUAUCUCCAGAUUCAAGGACACUCUGCAGGAUUACAAGAUGUAUCGGGACAUCCUCUACCAGCUAUCUCCAAAAGAGUGGCAGGAGGAACACAGAAAAAAACACAAAAAAGAAAAGGAUAUGAGAACAGAAUCCAAAAUUAAAGGAAGUGCUUCACCUGCCCCCACUGCAGAGCAGGACCAGGAUCCGACAGGCAGGACAAACACUGCCCAUGGCACCAGUUUCACGGAUAUGCCAAGUUCCCUGCUGUUCUCAGAAAGUUUGGAUUUCAGGUCACGUGAUGUCAGGCCACAGCUUAAACACUUCCUGAAGCCUCUUUUAUCAAGAGACCUAAGUUCAUUGGAGGAUGCAGAGAGUGAAAGCAGCUCGGAUGAAGAUGAGGAGCCUGAGCUUUACUUUACUGAUCCUGAACAACUGCUGGUUACUUUCAUGGAGAUGCUGGAUGAGAACUUAUCCUUCGUGCUGAACUCCCAGGAUAUUGCAGAGAGUUGGAACAAGGUCCAACAGACUUUCAUCACCACACAUGAAAACAUGGAGAAGGAGUUGGCAGAGCUGAAAGAGCAGGUGAACACCCUCCAAGCCUCCGUUGACAAGGAAGAAGAGAAAGCAGCCGACCUGAAGCUCAAAGUUCAGCGCUUUUCCUCUGGAGAACACGAAGCUGAUUACCAGGACAAAAUGCUCACAAGCCUGAACAAGAAGGUGCUGGAAGUCUAUGUCCACUGCACUGGAGACAAUGAGACAAACAUGCCAACAGUAGAGAUGUUAAAGGUAAUAGAAAAACAGCUCAACGAUUUACUGGACAGUGUGGAGAGAAUCCCACCAGCAAGGAUAGAAAAGGCUGUGAAAGCCAUAAGAAAGGAACAGAGGGCAAGGCUGAGAGAGGAAAAGCAGAAACAAGCAAAGCAGCAGCAGGAUGAAGGAUUGAAAAGGGACAUGGAAAGAUCACAAGAAGAAAAAAAGAACUUCAAGACCAUGGCCUUGCCUUCCAACCCAACUGCCAGGAAGGAGAACAGCCAAGGAAAAAGAUAAAAAGGAAGAAUAAUCAUAUUAUUUCUCCUGAUGGCAUAGCCUUAACCACAGCUCAUAGGGCUGCUGAUGCAGUCUUUUGUAGAUCUACAUUCUGUCAGUCUUUGUUCAGCUGAACUCUACUGUCCCAUGAAAUUUCCUGCUUCUCCUACCCUAAGAUUCUAGUGAAAGUUUGCAACCCCUUUUCCCCUCCUUAGCUAUUUUGCUUAAUAAAAUAAAUAAAAAAUCUCUCAUUUUGCUUCUCAAGCUCCUGCUAAGCACCAAUGCUUUUCUCAUUCAGUUUUUGAUGCAAAUAGCACUAUGCCUACAAGCCUGAACAGUGAGAUCUGUGAGAGUUCUAGGUGACAAUCUUUGUUAAGGCACAACUAAGCCAGGUACCUCACAGUCAUUUGUGAUACUCAUAGGUCUUCUGAAGGACUGUAAAAUCCAAGGACUAUGCUCCAAUCCAAAGCCAUUAUUGACUUCACUACAGUGGAUAAGACACAACCAAAGGAAAAACACAAGCUCUCCACAGAAAUCAAGCUGCCAGUAAUUAGCUUUGUGUCAGAUGCAUCCAUGCAAAGAACAAUACCCAGUGACAAACUGACCAUAAAAAAAAAAGCUUUAUUAACCCUUUUGCACCAGCAGUUCUUCAGGUAUCCAUUGCCAGCAAUGGAGCCCAAGCCAAGUGAUCCAAGUUUCCGCCCUCAAGAGGUUAGCACUUUACAUUCACUUACAAAGCUGAGUGAGGUACAUUUUCAGAAGUAGAAAGAUUUGGUUGCAAGUCCCAUAAAAAGAUGGAGUGCUCCUUGGCCAUUUUAAUAAGAUUACAAACUGGUAUGGUCCUUGAGAACAGAAUAAUGCAGGCAUUGGGAGCUCAAGGUGUCUCAGCUUCCAGGGAGAGCACGGUGAGCACUAGAGCAAGACCCUUCAGCACAAUUCCUCCUCAAUCCUUCCACCUCUCAGGAGUGGACUCCAGGCUGCAGUCACAGCCACCAGGUAGAUCUCAGCUACCAGGUGGUCUGAAAACCCAGCCUGAGAGGGUUCAGACUUUCCCUGGAUGUAAGCUGUAAACUCAGAGUGAGAGGAACAGAGAGACCUCAAUGCUCAGUUAGGCUAAAGAUAGAAAAAUAAAGCUGGUUCAACCAGAGAUAUAAUACUGCCUAAAAAUCAGGAGCUGAAGUUCAUUGUAACUUGUAUGCUUUUUUCCUCCCCAAGUCUGCAGUCAAAAAAGCAUUUAUAUGGACACAUACAUAGUUCAAAAGGCACAGGAAGUAAAAGCAUUUCUGAAUGACCUCAUGUGAAUUUAACAUCAGUAUAACUGUAAAAUAAAUAAAUAUGUGCAAGUUUAAAAAGAUCACAACGUUCUCCUCUGUGACAUAUCUCAUUUUGUAAAAAAAAAAAAA